UCCUUACAGGUGUGGUGCAGAAGAACCAGAAGAAAGUGCAGUCAUGUCAGAAAAACAAGACACACCUCUGGAGCCAUUACAGCCGCAAACGAGAUGCCUGCGAUGUGGAAACAUCCUGGAGUGGUCAGAAGAGCACAGCGUCUUCCUCGGCUGUUCAUGCUGCUCAUCUGUGGGUGAAGCUAUUGAGAGUGUAGCCCGAGGCCUGGCCAGUAGAAUGAAAAAGGAGAAAAGCCACUGGGCAGCUGGCAGAGUGGGCGACAUAGACUUCAUUGGAUCAACUAAGACAAGAGGAAAGUUUAUGAGAGUGUGCAGCAACACAGAUCCAGUUCUGAUUUACAAGAUGCUGACGGAGGAGUGGGGCCUGGCUUCUCCACAUUUGGUCGUGGCGUUGGUGGGAGGAGAUGAGCUGGCUCAGAUGAAACCCUGGCUCAGGGACACUCUGAGAAAAGGACUGGUGAAAGCAGCCCAGAGCACAGGGGCAUGGAUUUUGACUAAUGGCCUUCGCUUUGGCAUCACCAAGCACUUGGGCAAGGCAGUGAGAGAUCACUCCCUGGCCAGCACCUCCUCUAAAGUUCGAGUAGUGGCCAUUGGCAUCGCACCCUGGAACAUGAUUCACAACCGAGAGGCUCUGCUCAAGGCCAAGGUGGAUGAGCCUGCAGCCUACAAACCACAGGACCUGCCCCACGGUUCAGUGUAUUCCCUGGACAGCCACCACUCUCACUUUGUGCUGGUGGAGGAGGAUCCCAACCGACCAGGAGCGACCAGUGAAAUGAGGGUGAAACUACUCAAACACAUUUCCCUUCAGCGCACAGGUUACGGAGGAACAGGAAGUUUUGAGAUCCCUGUUCUCUGUCUCCUGGUCCACGGGGAGCCCAGAAUCCUAAAGGGCCCUGAGGCAGUCGCAGCAGCGCUGGCAGGCUGUAAGAUUCUAAAGGAGAUGGCGCGCCUGGAAUCUGAGGCUGAGUCUGCACGCAGUAUGAAGGAGGCCAAGUAUGAGCAGUUUGCCCUUGAUGUCUUCGGAGAAUGUUACUCCAACAGCGAAGACAGGGCUUAUGCUUUGUUAGUGAGAAGAACUCACUGCUGGAGCAAAUCUACGGUUCUCAACUUGGCAACCGAGGCAGAUGCUAAAUCCUUCUUUGCACACGAUGGAGUCCAGGCUCUCCUCACAAAGAUCUGGUGGGGAGCUAUGACGACAGACACGGCCAUCUCCAAACUGGUGGUGUCUUUCUUCUGUCCACCACUCAUCUGGACAAACCUCAUUAAGUUCAGUGACGAGGAACUGGACAAUCGGGAUGCUAACAAGCAGUUUGUGGAGCUGGACAGUCUGGACACAGAAAAGGCGUUACUGCUAACGGAUGAUGACGACCCUUUGGAUGCUCUACCUGGUAGUCCAGAAACUCAGAGCUGUGCCACCGUCUGGUGGCGCUUCCUGAUCCGCCGCUGGCGUCGCUUUUGGAGCGCGCCCGUCACCGUGUUCCUCGGCAACGUCAUCAUGUACUUCGCCUUCCUCUGUCUCUUCACCUACGUGCUCCUGAUAGACUUCCGCCCACCACCGCCUUUUGGCCCGGGGGCUCCUGAGAUAAUGCUUUACUUCUGGGUCUUUACCUUGGUGUUGGAAGAAAUUCGACAGAGCUUCUUCACUGAUGAAGAGAUAAACAUCCUGAAGAAGUUUAAACUUUAUGUAGAGGACAACUGGAACAAGUGUGACAUGGUGGCAAUCUCACUCUUCGUUGUCGGGGUUUCCUGCAGAAUGGUGAAAAACACCUAUGAGGCAGGACGGACUGUUCUGGCAAUAGAUUUCAUGGUAUUUACUCUACGUCUGAUCCACAUUUUUGCCAUUCAUAAGCAGCUGGGCCCUAAGAUCAUCAUCGUGGAAAGAAUGAUGAAAGAUGUUUUCUUCUUCCUCUUUUUUCUGAGUGUGUGGCUCAUUGCGUAUGGCGUUGCCACCCAAGCUCUUCUCCAUCCCAAUGACCCAAGGAUUGACUGGGUGUUUCGCCGAGCCUUAUACCGACCUUAUCUGCACAUUUUUGGUCAAAUCCCAUUGGAGGAGAUAGAUGCUGCCAGAAUGCCUGAGAUGAACUGCACCAAUGACUCAGAGGAAAUUGUCAUGGGACUACGGCCGCCAUGUCCCAACAUCUAUGCCAACUGGCUGGUCAUUCUGCUGCUUGUUAUCUUCCUUCUUGUCACCAAUGUCUUGCUGCUCAAUCUCCUCAUUGCCAUGUUCAGCUACACCUUUCAGGUAGUUCAGGGUAAUACAGAUAUCUUCUGGAAGUUCCAAAGAUACAACCUAAUUGUGGAAUACUACAGUCGUCCAGCACUUGCUCCUCCAUUCAUCAUUAUCAGCCAUCUUUCUCAGCUCUUUCUCAGCCUGGUAAAAAGACCUGAGUCCAAGCAGGAGCAUCUUGAGAGGGAGCUGCCAGCAGGACUGGACCAGAGACUCAUAACAUGGGAGACGGUGCAGAAAGAGAAUUACCUGGCAAAACUGGAGCGCCAGCACUGGGAGAGCAGUGAGGAGAGGCUCAAGAGUACCUCAUCAAAAGUUCAAAGCUUGCUGAAGAUCGUUAGUGGAUUUAAGGACCAAGAGAAACGACUGACGUCCAUGGAAGCUCAGGUCAGAUACUGUGGGGAGGUGCUGUCCUGGAUGGCAGAAUGCUUUGCCAACAGCACACUUAAAUGCGGAAAAGAAGUCCCAAGAGCUCCAACCUCUCUAACAGAGAGCAAGGCAGCUGGCGCCGUGGACACAUCCCAGAGUCAUCCCGAGAAGGAAGCCAAACAAGACCAGGGAGAAGCCAAACCUGCUCACUCAGGAUAUGGAGCCAACAAGAAAUUUCCUUACAUUGAUGAAUAAAAAGAAACACUAACCUGUAACACAAAGGCACAUAAUGAUACA